AUGUCUGCGAAGGGUUUCAGGAAUUGUCAGAAACGAAAGCUACAACAUGAAGAUCAAAGCGUUGGUGCUGAUGAUGAUAUGUGGCGGAAGAUCCCAUCAUUACCCACGGAGGAUCUAUUUUAUGGUCAGUCUGCCCAUGCCGAAUGCACUAUUUUGGAUGAGGACAUAUGGGUGGGCGCCAUAUUGACUCCCAAUGGUACGCCUGUGGACACGAAAGGACAAAAACUCUCCUACACCAACUUCGAAAAUGGCUUUAUUAAAAACCCUGAUCUGAAAACGUGUGUGGUUCUUAGCAGCCAAUCGGACUACCAUUGGAGAAACAUAAAGUUGACUAGUAGUAAGGAGGUGUUUGCACUUUGUACAGAUAUUGCAGCUCAGUUCACAAUGUCUCUUCCGAGUCCUGUGUCAACACUGUCAGCAGGGUCCACCGGGCCCGACGCUCGGCUUACCACUGACGCGGACAGAGUUACUGACCCUGAAAAGGGAGUGUCUGGAACAGACGUAACAGGGACUAACCCGCACACCACACUGGUUAAUUCGGCGAUUCCCGACUUAUCCGUAACGUCGACCGGCGUCGUCACCCCGACUGCAGCAGGAAUCAGCCCCGAGGCAGUUACGGGUCAUACUCAGUGGGGUUCUGCACCCACCACCGCUGGGACGACGUUGCCCUUUGCUGGUGUUUCUUCUAACAAACCACUUCAUACUAAUACUCCGGUUGUUUUGACAUGCCAGACCUCAGCGAAUGAUGGCGCUGUUAACUGCUGCUGUGCUUGUGCUCUGUCUCCGAAUCAAAACAACACAAGAAAACUCACGAACAUGCUUGACGAGCUCAGACAGAUUCUUACAGUCGACAAAGCCUCGCUUUCGUCCACGUAUCGCCGGAAACACUGCGUGAAUGACAACCGGACCACUUCGGUCUAUAUGGGCUGCGUAGCCAUCGUUGUUUUGGUUGCUAUCCUAAUUAUCGUAAUAGUCCUGGACACGUCACACUUUCUCUUUCAGGAAUGCCGGUACUCGGCUUUCUUUCAAGAGACUGGGAACACUGACUCCCGGAGUAUCUAAUAAUA